AUGGAAACAAGAUCCGUUAAGAAAAAAAGGUUUCUCGAUGAAAUCUACGCGAGUUUUUCAUGUGGUGAAGACCGCAUCAGUGAUCUCCCUGAUGCGGUUCUUCACCACAUACUUUUCUUCCUUCCCAUUAAAUCCAUCGCCAAACUUAGCGUACUCUCCAAGCGAUGGAGACACUUGUGGCAUGCAUUCCCAGAUCUUGAUUUCACCACAAUCAAUGUCCCAUCAUCAUCAGUUUAUAAUAACUCAAUCUCAAAAGUCAAUUCAAACGUCCAUAAAAACAACAACAACAAAAAAUUGCACGCUAAUUGGAUCAGAGUCCUCCGUUUUCGUGCAAAUUUGAGUUUCUCACGCCUCAACGCCCUGAUUCGUGGCGCUGUUAAGCACAAUGUCCAAGAACUUGACGUUGAGGUUGCAACUAACGAUUAUUUCAAUUUCCCUAGAAGUGCUAUAAACAGUGAUUCUUUAAGGGUUUUUAAAUUAAAGUCCAAAUAUCCAGGAUUUAGGUUACCACCUUCAUCAAUUAUGAAAAAUGGGUUCAAAAAUUUGUUCUUAUUGUCACUUUCGUGCAUUAUUAUGUACGAGCAACCUUCGUUACACGAUUUGUUCACGGAUACAUCUUUCCCGUUGCUUAAGAAAUUGAAUCUUGAUGGUUGCACAGGGCUAAUGUACUUACAUGUAAGUUGUCGCGUACUCGAAGAAUUAAUUCUUGAGAAUUGUUUUCAAUUGGAGCAUUUGGACAUAACGGGUCCAAAAUUGGAGAAAUUGAGUGUCAAGAGCUGCUUCGAUUCGUACACUAGUGGUACUGAGGUUAAGAUUAUUGGUCCGAGGCUAAAAAAGAUUGUUUGGUCUAAUAAUACUAUAACGGAUCAAAGUUGUUUGGAGAAUUUAACUUGUUUGAUUGAAGCUUUGGUUGGUUUUUUUGUUCUUCUUGAGGAUCUUGAUGCAAUGAAGCUUCGGAGCGUCAAUGAUUUCUUGUCUGGACUCUCUCAUUCACAUUCUUUAGUUCUUGAAAAUCAAAGUGUUGAGAUUCUAUCGAAGAAUAAUCACUUGGCAGGAAUUUCUCUGCGUCCUUUCAGUAAACUAAGAUCCUUAGAGUUGCACACAGGGUUCCACAAACACAACAUUCCAGGAUUAGCAAAUCUGUUUAGAAGUUCUCCAGCUACUAAUACACUUAUUCUCAAGAUUACCAAUGAGCACAACAUCCAAAGAAGAAAAUGGAAUAGGGACCUAUGGCAAUUGUCAAACUCAGGUGAAGAAAGAUUUUGGGAGUCACAAAGUAAUGCCAUGAAUUCUUUCCUUCAACAUCUUAAAGUAGUGAAGAUUCAUGGAUUCUCAGAGUGUGAAAGUGAUGUUAGUUUAGUGAAGUUCUUGUUGAAGCAUGGAAAAGUGUUGCAAGAAAUGUUCUUGUGUGCAGCUGACCUUUCCAAAUCAAGAGACUCACUUCACAGAGAAAAAAUCAAAUCACAAAUAAUGGGCUUUUCCAAAGCAUCUUCUAAUGCUAAGAUUGUGUUUAAGUAAGUUUAGCUAUGUAUAACUUCCAAGAUUUAUAGA